AUGGAGUACGGGAAGUAUGCUGAACCGGAGGGCGACCAAACGACGACAACCGGCGAUGGAGAAGGGACAUCAAGAAGUCCAAUAGGAUUGAACGAUGGUGUGGCGGUGGAAGUGGACGCCCUGAUGGAAGGCACACAAGUCCAUGAUACAACUGGCGAUGUUUCGGUCGGCGACGGGCGUGAGUCACGGAGCGCCGACGGAAGGAGAAGGGGAACGCGGACUGGGCUGAGGAGCCAGACUCCGGUCCCAAAGGCGAGGGUGAUACUCACUCAGAUCGACCAGGAUGCCGAUGACAAAUCGGCUGAAUCGGACGACUCGCUGUACAAUGUGCGGUCGCGGUCACGAUCACCGUCGUUGGGCCGCUUCUGGAACUCGAGUAGCAAGCGCCGAAAGCUCGAGGACGGCAGGUCCGGCAGUGAAAGCGAAGAGACAGAGAUGCAGAACGGCGCUGCGUCGCCGUCGGCUGCGAGGCCGGCGAAGAAGGCGGACUUUAUGAGCAAGGCGGCAGCACAGGCGAGGCUCAAUGCCGAGCUGCGCGAGGCAUCAAGAUUGAAUGCCGAAGAGGAGGUCAGUAAAAUGACCAUCCGGUCGCGGCCGUUAAAUCCAUCAAACGAGACGGAGCUUUCGUCUGCUCUCGUGCAACAAUCGUCCGACGCUGUUGAAAUAAUAAAGGCCGUAGCAAAGAGCUCCCGCAACCUAAAAGGAACCUACCAAAGGAAACUCAAGGAGGCAGGGGACGCGAUCGUAGAUGCCAUAGGGGUUCUGGCGACGCGCUUGCUGUCCUCAGACGAGGUACAACGCCUUCAAAAGUGUAACGAGCGACAGCAAGCGGAGAUAGCCGAGUUGCGGGCGGAGUUAGCCCAAAUUAAGACGGAUCUACGGCAGCGUGAGUCGGAGAGAGUACCCUCUCCGAUGCAGACGCAGCCGAUUACACUUUCGCAGGAGCCAGUGGAGCCAUCAUCUGAGCGGGCAACCAUUGUCGCCAUGAUGAAUGCCCGCUUUGAUGCGCUGGAAGUGGAAGGGAGGUUACUCCCCGCCAGAAACUUGCGUCCCCAACUGGCGGCCGACAAAAAGAAGGCGGGAGAGAAAAUGGCGCCCGUUUCGGUGCCUACCAGUGGCGGUAAAAAGAAAAACAAGACGUCGGCAGUGGCUCCUGACAAUAUGAAGGCACCCCCUGCACCUCCCUCUCCAGCACAAGAGGGCCCCAAAGGCGGGAAGGCAAAACAGAAGAAGGGCUUGCAACCCGCCGUCGACGCUGGUCCAUCGGCUUCGAGAAAGCCCCAACCACUAGCCCCUGCAACCGCUUCCUCGGACCAGCAGUGGACCAAGGUGGUCAGCAAGAGGGCUAAAAAGAAGGCCGCUGCGAAGUCGAACCCGCAGCCUCAGGCGAAGGCCAAGACUCGCCCUAAAUCUGGUGGACGUAAUCUCCGCCCACCACGGUCAGCAGCAGUUGUGCUGACGCUGCAACCAGAGGCGGAGAAAAGUGGAGCGACGUAUGCCAAGGUGCUGGCCGAUGCUAAGGCCAAAGUGAAUCUCGUGGAACUCGGCAUAUCGGCCUUGCAAUUCCGACGAGCAGCCACUGGUGCGCGGGUCCUGGAGUUGCCGGGAGUGACCAGCAGCGAGAAGGCAGACAAGCUGGCGCAGGUGCUGGCGGAGAAGUUGGGGGAAGGAGUCCGGGUCACCAGGCCGACGAAGUGUGCAGAGCUGCGUCUAUCAAACCUGGACGACUCUGUAACCCCAGAAGAGGUAGUUGCCGCCGUUGCUCGAGUUGGCGAGUGUGCUACGGAUCAGGUGAAAACCGGGGAGAUUCGUUUGGACUACAGUGGUCUCGGCACCGUGUGGGUGCGCUGCCCGGUCACAGCGGCAAAAAAGGUGGCCGAUGGCGGCCGUUUCCUGGUGGGGUGGUCCUCAGCACAGGUCAAACUGCUGGAGCCGAGAGUAAUGCGCUGCUUCCGCUGCCUGGAGUGCGGGCAUGUGAAAGCGCAGUGUCAGGCGCAGGUGGACCGUGGCGGACUGUGCUACCGUUGCGGGAAGCCUGACCACAAGGCGGCGCAGUGCUCAGCGGCGCCCCACUGUGCCGUGUGCGAUUCGGCGGGCAAGCCGGCAAGUCACGUCCUUGGCUCCAAGGCGUGCACUACAUCACGCCCGAGAAAGGGGAAGAAAGCUGGUGAUGGCCCCCGGGUCUCCUCGCAGUUUUCUCAGGUGGCUACAAAAACACCUGUGGCCCGUAAUGAGGCGGCAGAGGGAAUGGCUCUCGAUUAA